AUGGUCUCUUUGCAAAAAAGCGGCCCAGAGGAGGGUGUCUGCCCCAUCUGCCUGGAACCCCUGAAGGAAGCUGUGAGCACCGACUGCAAACACCUCUUCUGUCGAGUGUGCCUGACUCACCAUGUGGAGGCCUCGACGUCCAGGGUCCUCUGCUGCCCCCUCUGCCGGAAGCCCUGUUCUGAGGACGUGCUGGGUGAAGGUUACAUCUGUCCCCAUCACCAGAAAAGGGUAUGCAGGUUCUGUGAGGAGACAGGAAGCCUGCUGUGUGUGGACUGCCUGGAGUUACCUGAACAUCAGUCCCAUCCCAAGCCAACCAUUGAACAUGCCAUCAGCCACUAUAAGGAAAGACUCAACCGCCGGAGCAGGAAGCUUAGAAAGGACCUGGGAGAACUUGAGCGGCUGAAAGUGCAGGAGGAGGAGAAGCUGCAGGCUCUGCAGGUUGACUUAACAUACCUUAAGCUAGAAGCAGAGCUGGAGAGCCAGUGCCAAAACAAGGGGCAGCUGGAUGCUCUCUGUCAGCAGCAGCUGGGCCAGCUGGAGGACAUGCCAGCAGAGGCAGCCAGAUACCUUUACCUCUCCAAGGCGGUCAUCCAGCUUGCCAAUCUGGUCACAGAUAUAGAGAAGAUGUCCAAGGAACUGGAUGCCACUACACUGAAGAAUGUCCGUGACUUACUGAAAAGGAGUGCUCCACAGAAUUUAGAUGGACUGCUCUCUCACCUUUCUUCCACCGGCCCAGCCCCCCAUUAG